UCUAUCACGCAAACCAGGGCCUGCCAGAGUAUAUUUCAAUUACCGAUUUUUAAGUAUGUACUGUGUAAAUUCAGUUAAAAAUUAUUGAAUACUUAGAAAAUGGAGGGUUAUAACAAAAAUAAAAUAAGCGGAAAGGAAGAAGAUUCUUAUUAUCAAUGUUUGUACUGCAAUGUUAAAGUGCCAAAAGAAAAUUUUGAUUUUUUAAAGCAUUCAUGCUUUGCAAACAUAAAUAUUGAAACGGAAAAUAUUUUUGUUAAUGAGAACAACUGUUUAUUUAAAGGGAGACUAGAUGAUCAAGAGCCAACAUUAGGCGAAAAUAAUAAUGUUGAUGAGUUUGAAGUAUCUAAGAAGAAAAAACCCAGAAAUAAAGCAAAUAAAUCUUGGAGUGACGUUGACGAGGUGCUGAUAAAUGCUGUGAUGAAGAAACCAU